GAUCACAUCAUAAUAAGAAAAAAUUGCUACUUGUGGUUUUUUGCUGUCAUGCAGAGGCAGCCUGUAAUGCUCUGGUUUUGCACAGGGCUGCCACAUAUAGCUGGGCAGGUUUUGCGCUGUUCAGGGCUCUCUUACAUGGGCUGUGAUGUGAGUAGUGCUCUCUUGGGUUGUGCGGUGUAUCCUAUAGCACUGUCUUCGCGCCCUGCUUUUGUGCUCUUGCUUCCACCCCAAUCUUGACCGGUUUUUGUAACAGUAAUUUUUCCCCUAAUAAGCCCCCUCCACCAUGUUUUACUGCCUUUUUUAUUUUCCCCCAGAUGAAGUCAAACUGCUGAUAAGCUAUGCAUAGAUCUUAUAUUGUUUGGGUUAUAUGUGGCCAGAAUUUCAGAAACUGGCUUCUUUUUCCUUACCUACUACAUUGGUCAGUCUGGAACACUUUGCUUUUAUGGAAGACUUUUUGGUUUAAUGUUAGUAUUAGACUAAAACACAGGCAAAAGAAGUAUAAUCCAUCCCUAUACGAGACCUGAUUUUGAAAUCAAAUGCAUUGAUUUUGUAAUUAUCUGUUGCUUUGACUUGUGUAUCAUAUCACUCUUCUCAGCUGUCAUGAAAAUCCUGUUUCGUGUAUAUUCUUAAAAAGACUGGAUGUUAGAAAUUUGGAGCCUUUAAUAUACAGGUUUCCCCCUGCUAUCUGAAAGUAAAGCAUUCCUACGUUUUGUAAGCUGAAAUGUCUUAAAGUGAUGAAGCAGUUAUCUUAGGACACAACAGAUGCACAAAAUAAAUAGAGAUAAAGCACAGAUGCUCACAGACACAGUUCAAAGCUGUGGCAGCUUGAUGCUGAGAUGCUGAGUGUAGUUCUCGGGAAGGAGCUUGGUGGUGUCACUUACUGCUCAGAAUGAGCGCUGCCUGUGUAACAGCUUGCUGCAAAACAAACGCUGAAUGCUAUUUUUGCUUUUUGCCUUUUUCCACGAAAGAGAAAAUCCUCAUCAGAUUUCUUUUGUUUAGCAAAACCAGGUACUAAUGUAGGUCUUUCAUACAAAUGAAGUGGCAUAAAAUGAACUUCUAAAAAAUGAGGAAUACUUGUAUCAUGUAGCAGGGGAAAAAUCCACGUUGAAAGUCUGCUGUUGCUGAGUAUUCCCAAGAUCACUUACUUUUGCUUUUGGCUGUUACCUCUGUCAUCCCUCCCGGACAAGUAGUUGAAAUGACCAUUCAUCAAGAAUUUUGUAUCCAAGGCCCAAAAGUUUGUUACGGAAGAUGAUGAAUGCUGACAUGGAUGCAGUUGACGCUGAAAAUCAGGUGGAACUGGAGGAAAAAACACGACUUAUUAAUCAAGUGUUGGAACUCCAACACACACUUGAAGAUCUCUCUGCAAGAGUAGAUGCAGUUAAGGAAGAAAAUCUGAAGCUAAAAUCAGAAAAUCAAGUUCUUGGACAAUAUAUAGAAAACCUCAUGUCAGCUUCUAGUGUUUUCCAAACAACUGACACAAAAAGCAAAAGAAAGUAAGGGAUUGAUAUCCCUUAUGUCUUACGGAAUUGCUGCUGAUCUUUUUUUCUUUAACUUCGAUAGAUUCCAAAAGUUCUAGUACUUUUGUUUGUGGCUUCACUGAGUAUUUAUGAAGAUAAUGUCCGAUCUAAGCAAAAUUAAGAGCAUAACAGAAGACUUCCAUGAGUUUGUGUAUUAUGUUAGUCUAUGAAAACAUGCAAAUGUAUUGUAGAGACUUUAUAAUUAGAAAUGCAUAUAUUUAUGAAACUUGAAAAUGAAUGUUAUAUCAAAUUUGCUUUGGUUUAUAGGUUUAGCACUGUCUUUUAUUAUAGGCAUAGAGAUACAAGAAAAUAACCACCGUGUUGUGAAAAAGUGACCAAAAUCAUGUACUGAAUGCACAGCUUUAUGUACCCUGUCCACCAUCGUGUGCCUCUUCUCCGUUUGCUUUCUUCCCAUUUUCCUUCCCCUAAGGAAAAAACUGGUUUCACCUUUGUAAAAACUAAUUUCAGUAGUUAAUCAUCUGGGAGAGUAGCCAGAACUCUGUUGAAACCUAACCAAAAUAAGAUACUUUCUCAAUUAGGGUUUAUUUGCUUAGUAAUAAGAUAGUUGGUUUCUCUUUAAUCAAUUGAAAAUGGGGCCUGUAAAAAUGAAGAUUUUUCUUUGAAAUUGAAUUAUCGUAUUGGGAAGAUUUGUUGUUAAAAACUUCCUUUGCACAAAAUAACCCACGUAGUAUCUGAAAAGAUGAGCUCAGGUUGUGUGUUUGAAAUAGAAAAUUUUGAGGAAAAAUAGAAAUAGGGUGGGAAAAGUACUUGGUAAGUGCUUGUAACCAACUCCACGUUUUUACUCCAGAUUUGUGUUAUCUCUGGCACAGAUUAGAUUUUGGAGGGAAUAUAUAAGAAAAUGGAUUAAGUUUGGCUAACCUUAUGUAAACCACACCUGGAAGAGAAUAAAGAUUGAUCUCAGGUUUAUUUAUAGCACCAAGCAGAUCAACUUUGCAAAGUCCCUUAAGAGUGUAUUAAUAUCAGAAUCAUGAAUAAAAUGGGAGAGUUUUACAUGUAUACUAAUUGAUGCUUUCUCAGUAUUUUAUCUCACUACUUCUCCCAGAAAUUUUCUGUAAACCCAGCUACUGGUUUGGAGAGUUUUAGUCAUUUAACAGUUUUUUAAAAUUUAGUUUGUAGAUUCCAUUUGGUAAGGAAAUCAGUAUCAGAAGUAAUAUUAAGAUGUUAAAUAGGAAAAGAGAUCCACUAAUAUAGUUUAUGGUUAUUAAAUUUAGGCUAAUCAUGGAAUAAUCUUAUGUUUAUUGGUGUAAGAUUUGAUGACUUUAGCUGUAUGAAUAUAUAAUAGUCAUACUGCAAACAUUUUGCAUCCCUUUGUGACCUAAUUUUCAAACAUUUAAAAUUGUGUUGCAGUUGCUUUGCUGUUUAAUAAAAACCUGUUUCAAAAA